AUGUCUUCCCCAGUCGUCUAUGUUUCGAAAAACGAAGAUGACGGUCAAGGAAUCCCUGUUCCCAGAGGGGAUGAAGUCUUCACCCAAAGGGGAGACAAAUUUGGUCCGCACUUCAGGAAGACCCUCUUGGUUGAUGACGGUUCAUUAGAAGCAGCCCUGUCAGCCGCGGUGGAUACUCAUGGAGCCGAGAUUCUUAACGACCCUCCCGUUACCACCGCAAUUUACCCUUCUGAACCAGGGUGUGAGGGAGAAAAAACCUCCUCUCUUUGUACAAAGAGGAAGGCUCCAGAUUCUGAUAAUUUAUCAAGCGAGAGACUUAAAACCGUGAGAUUAAGUUCUCCGCCACGAGUCUCUAGCCCUCUACGCUCUUUUUCUCCCUCGUCAGAACCUUUAAACUCUGAGCUCCCUCUUCCGGGAGACAGAGUAAUUUCAGAGGAAACAGAUGAGCCGAGACCAGAGGCUCCCCUAUCUCAAGGACUGAGUGUCAGGACUCAAAAUCCUUUACUCGCUUCGAUUUCAGGCGGAGAAGAGAUUGGAGACAUCUUCCAAAGUUUCCAAACCAGGGAAGGGGCAUCCCUUCCUCCUUUUUCGGUUUGGAGGCCGGAAAUCCGUCAGAUGUUUGCCAAUCGAGCUCACUACCUAUCCCAGGCUUUUAUGGAGACUAAUGGAAUGAUCUUCCAUUAUGAGAACCUUCUUCAUCAAGCGAAGAGAGAGACCGCAAAGGCUAAGAAGGAGGUUGAUGAUCUCAGAUUAGCCAACCAAUCCGAGCGACUUGAGCGGGAAAAAGCACUCGAGUCAUCGUUUGAAAAUAUGAAGAAAACUCUAGCAGCUAACGAGCAACGCAUCAGAAUUGCGAAUGCUGAAAGAGAUUCUGCGAGGUCUAAUGCUUCUCGCUUGGAGGCUGAGCUAGUGGAGAAUAUGACUUUGUUCGAAGAAGCAAAUCAAGAGAUCGAGCUUUUAACUAGGAACAUGGCUCGCGAUAUCGCUGAAGCCGAACAUAAUGCUCGAGAAGAGAUGAGGGGAUUCGGAAGGCAACUUAUUCAAUCUGUUACGAAGUUCAUCAAGGACGAAGAGGUCUGGACUAAACUUCUAACAGAUCGAGCCGAACUGAAGAGCAAUCUAGACCUGAUUAAGGAACUAGAGGCUGGGAGAGUUUCGUUCGAGAACGAGAGGAACGAAGUUGCUGCCGAACUCGCUAUGGUUGAGUCUGAGUUAUCCUCGGCUUUCCCGUCUUACUCUCGAUCUGAAACAAUUUUCUUUGGUAUUUGGAGACUCCCCAUCUCAAUUCGAGGUAGGUGA